GUCUUUUAUGAACCAUAACCAAAAGAAAAGCAAGUUCAGAAGUCUAUCCCUCUUUCUGCACCCCAAGAAAGAGAGAAAGAGCGUUUGCUUUGGUUUUGUUUCUGGGCAUCCACUGGAGUAGGAGUAGAAGUAGAGUGGGCACUAGCCCUCUAUUCAAAUCGAGUGAGCCUCUUCUGCUUUGUGCUUUAUGUGUUGUUUUUGUUCUAAAACAUGAAAUGUACUGUUUGGUUGCUCAGAAAAUGCCAGAGAAAGUGGAAAACUUGUGGUAUUCAAUGAAAUCCAUUUUUUGUGAUCUGCCGUGAAACUCAGUGUAGUUAUAACCCUUUGGCUUAAUGAGUUAGGGAACUUUCUCUGUACUGUGUUACUGUUUUCCUAAACCCUAAACCUUUUAUCUGCAUUUGUACCGUGUUUCCUUAUUUGGUUGCUUUGAAUGUUAGUUUAAUCUGUAUUUUGUAUAGGGGAGAACGGAGAACAAGAUCGUUUUCUAUCUUUUCUAUUUUCUUUGCAGCAGUUUUGAUUUGUCUGACAUAUCAUAACUGGAUUUUGGUGAGCAUCAGUCUGAAUAUUGUAACCAAGAUAUGGAUAUAGGAAAAUUGCAACAAAAUGUACGUCAUCUGACUCAUGUCUUUGAAGAGGCCUUCUUAGAGCAGAAAAGAGUCUUUUCAAAAUCCAAAGCUCAAAUAGAUGAACUUAAGAAAAAGCUUGAGCAGACAAGAUGCCAACAGAAAGAGCUCGAGGAAAAACUUGAGAAGAGUGAAGCUCAAAAUGAAGAUCUUCAGAAGAAGCAUGAUCACAGUGAAGCUCAGAGGAAAGAACUUAUGAAAAGGCAUGAAAAGAGUGAAGCUAAUAAGAAAGAGCUCCGGAAAAAGAUUGUGCAUAGUGAAGCUGAUAUGAAAGCGCUUCUGAAAAAGCUUGAGUAUAUUGAGGCUCAGAAAAAAGAGCAUGAGAGAACUGAAAAAGCUCAAAAGGAAGAACUUGAUAAAAAAUUGCUUCAGCAGAGUGAGACUCAAAAAAAGAAAUUGCAACUUAUGUUCAGCUUGGAUGAUAAUAAGGCUAUUAAAAAGCUGUUCGAGGAAAAGGCAGAAAAAGAAUGAGAAGCUUGAUGGGGAAUUGAAUGAGUUGCGCAACCAUCAUAAUCUCCUGCUUGAACUAAAGGAUGCUGUUCUGAAUAAGUUAAAGAAGAAGGAAGAAGAGUUGAUCAAUGUACGAACAGACCUUCUUAGAGAAAGAAGCCUUUUUAAAAUCUGAAGCUCUAAAGAAUGAUCUUAAGAAAACGCUAGGGGAGAGUGAAUCUGAAAGAAAUGAACUUCAAAAAAAGCAUGAUCAUUGUGAAGCUCAGAAGAAAGAUCUUCUGAAAAAGGAUGAUCAGAUUGAAGCCGAACUUCAGGAGGCUCGUCAAGAGUUCAUCAAUGGACUAGGGGGAUUAAACUUCUGUACUACAAUUGGCGUGAAGAGAAUGGGAGAGCUUGACAACAAACCAUUUCAAACUUCAUGCAAGAGACAAUAUUCUAAAAAAGAAGCAGAUGACAAGGCAGCAACACUAUAUUCUCAGUGGGAGGGCUACCUCAGGGAUCCAAAUUGGUAUCCAUUCACAACUAGCAUGGAUUCUUAUGGAAAUUCUAAGCAAACUAUCAACGAAGAAGAUGAAAAAUUGAAACAGUUAAAGGUCUGCAAUCUUGAUAUCGAAGUAUACAAGGCUGUGACAACUGCCUUGGUGGAAUUGAAUAGCUAUAAUACCAAUGGUAGGACUCCAAUAGCAGAAUUAUGGAAUUUUAAAGAAGGGAGGAAGGCAACAGUGAAAGAGGGAAUAUCGUAUGUACUGAACCAAUUGAAACUGCUGAGAAAGAGGGUUGGUAAAAUGUUGUCAGAACAAAAGCAGCUUGAUAUGAAGAAGAAAAAAACGGAUGAUGGGACUAAUGAAAUUCAAAAGAAGUUAGAGGAGAAGGAAGCUGAGUUGAAAGAUUUAAAAGCUGAGUUAGAAUAUUCAGAAGAGCUCAACUCUACACUAUUUGUCAAGGAGCGUGAAAGUAACGAUGAACUGCAGGAUGCUCGCAAGGAGUUAAUCAGGGAACUGGUGGAUGGCGGUUUUAUUGGCGUGAAGAGAAUGGGAGAGCUUGACAUCACCCCUUUUGCAACUGCAUGCAAGAGAGAUAAUUAUAUGCUAGAACCAGAGGUGUGGCAGGAUUGUAUUAGUGAUCCAAGCUGGUAUCCUUUUAAACCAAUCGAGGAUGAAUUUGGAAAUCGGAAGGAAAUUCUUGAUGUAGAAGAUGAAAAAUUGAAGAGUAUAAAGGGCAACGAUGGAGUGUACAAGGCAGUUGUGACUGCCUUGAUGGAACUGAAGGACUACAAUUCGAGUGGUAUGUAUGUAACAGAAGAACUAUGGAACUUUCAGAAAGGGAGGAGGGCAACACUACAAGAGGGAUUAUCAUAUAUACUAUUGAACUGGAGACCUCUGAAAAGGAAAAGAAAAAUUUGA